AAAUGAACCUCCGCUCUCUCCCCCUCGUGAAAUCCUGACAUUUCUCUUUUACUACUCUCUAGUCUCUAAAAUAUGUAAAGAACAAAGUUAGUUGCUGAAAAGGAGGAUGAAAGUUUAAAAAGCUAAAUGGAAAUUUGUCAUCCGAUGAAGCAAAUCUACGAUCGUCUCAAAGAUUCAUUGUAAAACUUUGCUCUUCUGGAAAACUUUGCAUUUCUUCCCGUUUUCACUCUUUUUUUCUGAUCCAGUUUCACUUAUUGACUUCUGGAGUACUUUUGAAACAUAUAGAAUUAUCAUGAGGGUUUCCUUUUUCGUUCUCUCUCUCUUAGCUUUCUUCAGCCUUUGCCUUCACUUUCAAGCUUUCGCUGCUGCCCCUGCUGGGCCACUGGGAAAGCAAUUGAAGUCUCUGCUCAAAUGGACUAGUCGGACUUCCACCAAAACUCCCCAAUCAGAUGGGAAUGUUCUUCAAUUUGAAGACGGGUACUUGGUGGAAACUCUUGUCAAAGGAAAUGAACUCGGAGUUGUGCCUCACAAGAUCCGUGUCUCGCAGGAUGGUGAACUAGUUGCAGUGGAUGCUUCUAGUAGCAAUGUUGUCAGAAUUACUCCCCCGUUGUCCCAAUAUUGUAGGGCAAGGUUGGUUGCUGGUUCAUUUAAGGGUCAUACAGGACAUGUUGAUGGAAAACCAAGUGAUGCCCGUUUCAAUAAUCCAAGAGGAGUUGCCAUGGAUGAUAGAGGGAAUGUAUAUGUUGCUGAUGUAUCAAACCUUGCAAUAAGAAAGAUAGGAGACUCAGGCGUGACUACGAUAGCUGGAGGGAAGUCCAACUCUGCUGGGUAUAGAGAUGGGCCAAGUGAUGAAGCACAAUUCUCAAAUGACUUUGAUGUGAUUUAUGUCCAGCAAACAUGUUCGUUAUUGAUUGUGGAUAGAGGAAAUGCAGCUAUCAGGCAAAUCUCCCUUUAUCAAGAGGAUUGUGGUUACCAGCAAAGCUCUGUCUCUGCCAUAGGUAUGACUCCUCCCAAAUAUGAAAGUUCUGUCUCGGGAAUAGGUGUUGUUCUAGUUGUUUUUGCUGUAGUGACAGGGUAUGUUGCAUGCACACUUCAGCAGGGAAUUGGUUCUACCAUUUUCUCCACUGCAGGAAAUGCAGAGGGUGAGGAGGAUCAAAGACAGCAGCUGAUCAGGAGGGAGAAGGCAUCUCCUGUUGAAAUAAAAAAUGUUUAUCCAUAUGGGUUGCAGGGAAAUGCAGAGGGUGAGGAAGAUCAAAGACAUCUUCUGAUCAGGAGGGAGAUUGAAUCUCCUGUUGUUGCAAUGGAAAAGGACGAUAAUCAAGUAGUAGUGGGUGGGUGGGUGUCUUUGGGGCAGCUUAUGUUGGAUUUGGCCAAGCUCUCACUUGAAGGGGUGGCUUGCAUUUUUGCCCUUGUUAUUCCACUGCAAUUCAGGAGCCGUAGAGGCAGGCCCAGUCUCACUCCUUUGAAAGACCGUCUUGUCUUGCCGGAAGAUAGUGACAACUUUCCGGAGCACCGGGGAAGAGCUGCUGCUGCUUCUCAAGCUGCGCCGCCCAUCUCCAGAGCGGUUCUUCAGCCGCCGCAGAGUGUUGGUAAUAUUCCUCCUAUUCAAGAGGCUAGGCAAAGCAGGCGUCGUUCUUCCAAACCCCAAGGGUAUGCCGCCAUGUACGAUGCACAAACAGCUGAGGUUCAGGUUCCCAAUCAGCAGCUGUCUAGGAGCGGACGGUCAAAAUCUCGACAUGAGAAAAGCGCAAGGAAAGAUUCGAACCAAGUGGGGAUGAAUGUCCCCCACUCCGGGGUUCAGAGCAUCGAUCGUUAGCAGGUUCAACUAGUAUCUGUAGUUUACGAACCGAGUGGCAGUCCCAGUUGUGAAUCUUCAUGAAAUCUACAUUGCACUCCUUGUUUCUAUAACAAAGCAUAAAUACUACUCCCUCCGUCCCAAAUUAAAUUGCUUGUUUACACACACACAGAGACACAUAUUGCCACACACAUAUUCUCUAAUGAUGUAUCAUUACUUAAUAAUUUUUUACUAUAAUG